AUGGCUACCCCUAGUGUCCUUACCUUUGAUGCUGAGGGUCGGGCUGUUGACUUUGAGGUCUGGGUCGAUCACCUACAACUUUUCCUACAGUGCGAUAGGGCAGAGAGUCUCUCCCUCUUCGAUCUCACGUCUGGUGCCUCUCCUACCCGGCCUGCUGAUGCUGACAGCACUGUUCGCUCACAGUGGGCCACAUGCGAUGCUGCUGCCCGUCUUGCUGUGCGUCGCCACUUACCGACCGCUGAGCGUGCGCACUUUAGUCAGUACAAGAGUGCUAAGACCUUGUACGACGCUGUAGUUGCACGCUACUCUUCCCCUGCCACUACUGCCCUUAGCAGCCUCAUACUGCCGUACCUGUUCCCUAACCUCGCCGCUUUUCCCACAAUCGCUGACCUCAUUACGCACCUUCGCACUAGUGACACUCGCUACCGCGCUGCAGUUCCUGCUGAGUUCUGCGCCAAGAACCCCCCCCCCCCCCCCCCCAUGUACCUCACCCUCUACUACAUAGUCACCCGGCUCCCUGACUCCCUUCGCUUAGUCAGGGACCACUUCCUCUCAGUUUGCCCCACCACACUCACCGUUGACCUCCUCGAGGAGCACCUCCUGGCAGCAGAGAAGAGUAUAGUCGCUGUAGGAGCCUCUCGUGGUGACCCUCAUACCCCCGUCUUUGAGGGGUGUUCCCCCUCCCUCCUCUUGCCCUCUGUCGCCUCUACUGCUGCGGCCGACCUCGCUGGCUUCGAGUCGGUCGGAGCGGCGUCUGCCCCUAGUGGGAGACGCCGCACCGGCAAGGGCAAGGGGGGCAAGGGCGCUGGAGGAGCUGGCAGGGGCGACGGAGGUGGAGGGGGAGGCGGUGGAGGGAGUGGGGGUGGUGGUGGGAGUGGUGGCAGGGGUGGAGGCCGGGGUGGGGGUGCUGGCCCCUGCACCUACGCCCUCCGUACCGGUGACCGUGCGGGUGAGCAGUGCGGGGGUCUGCACUCCACCCAGCGCUGCUUCGGCCGCCUGACGGACGCUAGGCGUCACCAGUUCCCUGACGCCACAGAGAUCGCUCGCUGGGGCGAGCUGUCUAGGGCGGGAGUAGCUAUCUUUGAUCUUGACUUUGAUGCUAUUCUUGCUGCCAUGUAG